GAAUCGGAUGGUUCUCAUUCUAGCCACCGCACUUGUGAGAUAGGUAGUUGCCCGUUGCCGAUUAUCCGACGGGAGGGACAGUGCAUGUGAAACAUCAAGUGAAAAAAAUAGUGAUCGAGAAGAAAAAAAACCUCAAAGGGUGAGACAGGAAGAAACUUGAGAAACUAUGGCCGUGUCAGCAACUCCGCCGGUGCUUUCCCAAACCUCUACUCUGGAGUCUGGCAGCUUAUUUCGCUCCGAUCCGCUGUAUACAAGCCCAGCCGAGUCCCCGAGACUGACAAGCAGCAUGAUCAACUCUUUCAUCGGCGGAGGAGGCGGUGGAAAUGGAAACGGCACAAGCGGCAAUAACGAGUGCAAAAUGGUUGAGGUGCACGGGGUCAGGGUAGCCUCGUUCAACGUGGACGGUCAAGAACUUAUUUGCCUGCCGCAGGUCUUCGACCUCUUCCUGAAACAUCUUGUCGGAGGGCUGCACACCGUCUACACCAAGCUGAAGCGGCUGGAUAUAUGCCCCGUCGUGUGCACGGUGGAACAGGUCCGAGUUCUGCGCGGGCUUGGGGCGAUUCAGCCCGGGGUGAAUCGAUGCAAACUCAUCACCCGCAAGGACUUCGAAGCGCUGUAUAACGACUGCACCAAUGCCAGCUCCAGGCCUGGCCGACCACCCAAGCGUUCCCUUGGGGUAGCGAUGCAGGAAAGCUCCAGGCUUCUUCCCCACAGUGUCCACGGCCUACUGUCUCCCGGCCUCCUCUCAUCCAUGUCGCCCGGAGUAUUUAUGUGUUGUCCUGCAGGGCUGACGGCUGCAGCGAUGGCCGAGGCUAUGAAGCUGCAGAAGAUGAAGCUGAUGGCCAUGAACACCCUGCACGGAGCCGGCAGCCAGAACGGUACCGAGUCAGAGAACGACGAGCUCAACUCCAACACAGGCGGCAGCGAGUCCUCCUGGGACAAAGAGAAGCUCCAGUCUCCCCCCUCCUCUGGUGCUGCCCACAGCCUGGGUCACGCAGGCCUGUCAGGGCAGCACGGCCUGUCCAGCUCCCAACUCAACUCCCUGCAGCAGAACCACCUAUUGGCCAACCGACUGGACCUACCCUUCAUGAUGAUGCCCCACCCCCUGCUGCCCGUCGGCCUGCCUCCUGCGUCUGUUGCCAUGGCAAUGAACCAGAUGAACCACCUGAACACCAUUGCCAACAUGGCCGCCGCAGCUCAGAUGCACAGCCCCUUAUCCAGAGGAGGAGCGUCUGUCAUCAAGUCUGACCCUCGGUCUCUGUGGCAGGAGUGUGUCCAGGACAGCCCUUCUCCAGCCCCCUCCAUGGAGGAAGGUCUUCGCCCGGGCUCCCAGCCCUCCUCACACCCCAGCAGCAGUGCCUCCAGCUCCCCCGCCCCGCACCAACACACCCCCGACCGCUUGGUGAUGAAUCCUGUUGAUGGAGACCUUGGGGACAGAGAGGCUGGAAUCAACAUGAAAAACAUGUUCAAAGAGAAAGCAGAAGAAGGGCAGCUGGCCCUGCCAGUGAUGAAGCCAGGCUUUGAGAAGAUGGCCCUGGGUGGACAGACCCUGCCUCCAGGCUUCCCUGCGCCCUUCCUCUUUGCCGACGGACUCAACUCUGUGGAGACUCUGCUCACCAACAUCCAGGCGGCGCAGGGUCUGCUGAAGGUAGCCGUGGACAACACCCGUGUGCAGGAGAAACACAUCCAGCAGCAGAGGAAGGAGCUAAAGAUGGAGCUCUACAGAGAGAGAGAGAUGAGAGAGAGUCUGGAGAGACAGCUUUCCUCCGAACUGCACAGCCGAGCCACCAUCCAGAAGCGUCUGAAGAAGGAGAAGAAGGCUAAGAGGAAACUGCAGGAGGCUCUGGAGUUUGAGUCCAAGCGCCGUGAGCAGGUGGAGCAGGCCCUCAAAACAGUCACCUCCCCAGAGAACCUCCGUAUGAGUCUCAACGAGGCAGUGAUACCGGAGGUUGAGCCAGAGCAUAACGGCAGCCAGCAGGAGAACUCUGCCGUACAGGAGAACAGACCCUACACCAAGCCUCCCAUCGUGUACUGAAAGAACUCCAGCUCCUCCAGACCUGACCCAGGGCUGCCACUGCUGGCUACCCCAGAGACAGAGCCCUUGGCUGGAAGAGAACGAGCGGAGAAGAGGGGCGACUGAAGGGAGGAAUGGAUCCCCUGAAACUCAUGUACAGGACUGCAGAGAGGGUGUGGUGGGGUGAGAGGUAACACUGGAGUAGCUCUUUUUGCUGCCCCAUCAUCUCACUCCAGCUACUUGUAAAAUCCCUCUAUUUUACUUGUUUGAGAAAAAAAGAGUAAGGACCAUUGAAAAUAAAACGUGGAUUUUUCUCUACUCCCUGUGAAGCACAUACAGAAGCCUAUCCUCCUUCCCUAUCCUAUUUCUCUCCAAGCUGAUUGCCUCUCAUUAUUAUUAUUGUUAUUAAUUAUUAGUAUUAUUAUUGUUGUUAGUUGUUGAUUCCUCAAAUGCCCCAAUAUGUCCCAAUAGCACAAGUCUUGCAGCGCAUAUAUAGGAUAAUUUCUUCUUAAAGCUUGAAAAUCUGAAGGAGGAUAUGAAAUGUAACAUUCAAGACAAAAUGUGCUUCUCUUCUUAUAUCACCUCUUCUUCAUCAAGUAAAAGAGACUGAAACAGUUUCUGAAUUUCUAUGCUUUUUCUCUUUUGUCCUCUUUUUUUCUGAAAAAUGUCACUGCUUUGUGUUGACUUGGGAAUGUGUCCUGUCCCUGAACUGAAUGUGUCCUGUCCCUGAACUGAAGGUGUCCUGUCCCUGAACUGAAUGUGUCCUCUCCCUGAACUGAAUGUGUCCUCUCCCUGAACUGAAGGUGUCCUGUCCCUGAGCUGAAUGUGUCCUGUCCCUGAACUGAAUUUGUCCUCUCCCUGAAUGGAAUGUGUCCUCUCCCUGAACUGAAUGUGUCCUGUCCCUGAACUGAAUGUGUCCUCUCCCUGAACUGAAUGUGUCCUCUCCCUGAACUGAAUGUGUCCUCUCCCUGAACGGAAUGUGUCCUGUCCCUGAACUGAAUGUGUCCUCUCCCUGAACUGAAUGUGUCCUUUCCCUGAGCUGAAUGUGUCCUGUCCCUGAACGGAAUGUGUCCUCUCCCUGAACUGAAGGUGUCCUGUCCCUGAACUGAAUGUGUCCUCUCCCUGAACUGAAUGUGUCCUGUCCCUGAACUGAAUGUGUCCUCUCCCUGAACUGAAUGUGUCCUCUCCCUGAACUGAAUGUGUCCUCUCCCUGAACUGAAUGUGUCCUCUCCCUGAACGGAAUGUGUCCUCUCCCUGAACUGAAUGUGGCCUCUCCCUGAACUGAAGGUGUCCUGUCCCUGAACUGCGUUGUUUGUGUUUACUGAAAGCUCAGUCUGGAUAUAAAGAAAGAGAUAUUGAGGCGUAUCCUAGAUACCUUUCCCCACUAAUGGUUUCUCAGUUCAAAUGUUAUAUUGCUGUUUAAAGGACAGUAUUACAGUAACCCCCGUUCUGUUCCCCCCUUUGUUUUUAAAGACAUGUAAAAAUGCUUUAGCAUUGGCUAUUCUGACGUCGUAAUUAAGUGGAUACAUUUGUUGUCAAGAAAAAAAAACGUAAGUAAAAUGAAAUACCCCAAUGCAUAUCCGAUGCAAGCAUGCCUGUAGAUACAACACUGGUAAAAAAAAAGUUACACUUGCUGGUUUAAAAAACAUGCCAAUUCAAAUAUAUUUUUUACAAUUUUGGGAAUUUAAUUAUUACCAUGAUCACAACCAGGCAGCUAUUUAGAAUUGUUGACCUUGUUUUAAUGAUGAUAUCACAUCACAGCCGUGCACAAAACACACACAAUGACAAACAUACUUCUGGACAUCUUGCUAGAUUUUUUUUGGGUUGUUGUUUGGUUUUGUAGUAAUAAAGAUCUAGAUUCAGA